AUGAGCACCGUCGCCGCCCCCAAGAAGAUCAGCCCCCUCCUCGCGGCCUACCUCACCUCGCUCGCCGCGCACCCCCUGCGCACGAAGGCGAUCACGACCAGCGUGCUGCAGUUCCUCCAGGAGGUGCUCGCGACGCAUCUUGCGGGCGAGCGGGCGCCGCGCGUGUCCAAGGACGCGCCGGCGUAUGCGCAUGCCCUCGCGGCAGCGAAGAUCAACCCGAAGGCUUACAAGAUGGCGCUGUAUGGCUUUUGCGUGUCUGCACCGCUCGGCCACACGCUCGUCGGCCUCGUGCAAAAGCUCUUCGCGGGCAAGACGAGCCUGGCGGCGAAGAUCGGCCAGCUGCUCCUCGGGAACCUAGUGGUCGCGCCCAUCCAGGUAGCAGUGUACUUGACGUUUACCGCGAUCAUCAAUGGCGCGCGAAGUGUCGACGACGUUGCGAAGACCCUCAAGGCAGGUUUCUUCAAGGCGUUGCAGGUGACAUGGAUGACGCUGCCUCUGACGAUGGUUAUUGCGCAACGCUACCUUGCCCCUGAGUUAUGGGUACCCUUCAUCAACCUGGUGCAAUUCUGCACUGGCACAUACUUCAACACAAAGCUGAAGAAGAUCCGCAUGGCGAUGGAGGCGAAAGCCAAGAAGGACGAGGAAGAAAAGAAGGAGUGA